GACUCAUCAGUAGAAAUUGUGAAGAGCUGCAGAAGAGAAGCCAAGCAGACAAGCUGAUAAGUCAAAGAAAUACUCUUUUGAGUUUGGGGUUCAGAGUGGAGUCAUCAUGAGCGAUGUUACCAUUGUGAAGGAAGGCUGGGUACAGAAGAGGGGAGAAUAUAUAAAAAACUGGCGGCCAAGAUACUUCCUGCUGAAGACAGAUGGCUCUUUCAUAGGCUAUAAGGAGAAGCCCCAGGAUGUGGAUCUGCCAUAUCCACUCAACAACUUUUCAGUGGCAAAAUGUCAGCUGAUGAAAACAGAGCGACCAAAGCCAAACACAUUCAUUAUCAGAUGUCUUCAGUGGACCACUGUCAUAGAGAGGACGUUCCACGUAGACACUCCAGAGGAACGGGAAGAAUGGACAGAAGCAAUCCAGGCUGUAGCAGACAGACUUCAGAGGCAAGAAGAGGAGAGGAUGAACUGUAGUCCAACUUCUCAGAUAGACAAUAUAGGCGAAGAAGAGAUGGAUGCUUCAACAACCCAUCAUAAAAGAAAGACAAUGAAUGAUUUUGACUACUUAAAACUACUGGGCAAAGGAACAUUUGGCAAAGUUAUCCUGGUCCGAGAGAAGGCUAGUGGCAAAUACUAUGCUAUGAAGAUUUUGAAAAAAGAAGUAAUUAUUGCAAAGGAUGAAGUGGCUCAUACUCUUACAGAAAGCAGGGUAUUGAAAAACACCAGACACCCUUUUUUAACAUCCUUGAAAUAUUCCUUCCAGACAAAGGAUCGUUUGUGUUUUGUGAUGGAGUAUGUUAAUGGAGGAGAGCUGUUUUUCCAUUUGUCGAGAGAGCGGGUGUUCUCAGAGGACCGCACACGCUUCUAUGGUGCAGAAAUUGUCUCUGCCCUGGACUAUCUGCAUUCUGGGAAGAUUGUGUACCGUGAUCUCAAGUUAGAAAAUCUAAUGUUGGAUAAAGAUGGACACAUAAAAAUUACAGAUUUUGGACUUUGCAAAGAAGGAAUUACAGACGCAGCAACUAUGAAAACAUUCUGUGGUACUCCAGAAUACCUGGCACCCGAGGUGUUAGAAGAUAAUGACUAUGGUCGUGCAGUGGACUGGUGGGGAUUAGGUGUUGUCAUGUAUGAGAUGAUGUGUGGAAGAUUACCCUUCUACAACCAAGAUCAUGAGAAACUCUUUGAACUGAUACUAAUGGAGGACAUAAAAUUUCCUCGAACUCUGUCUGCAGAUGCAAAAUCAUUACUAUCAGGCCUACUGAUAAAGGAUCCAAAUAAGAGACUUGGUGGAGGCCCAGACGAUGCAAAAGAAAUCAUGCGCCAUAGUUUCUUUGCUGGAGUAAACUGGCAAGAUGUAUAUGAUAAAAAGCUUGUACCUCCUUUUAAACCUCAAGUGACAUCUGAGACAGACACCAGGUAUUUUGAUGAAGAAUUUACAGCUCAGACUAUUACAAUAACACCGCCUGAAAAAUAUGACGAGGAUGGUAUGGACUGCAUGGACAAUGAGAGGCGGCCGCAUUUCCCCCAGUUUUCCUACUCUGCAAGUGGACGAGAAUAACUUUUUUGUUCUGCUGCUUCACUGUCAUCUUAGGUUUAUCAGUGAAAAUGAUUCCUGAACAUCACCACCAGUACUAGAUACUACUAUGAUAGCAGGGGCACUUUCAGAGACCAUUCCAAAUUGAACAAGUUUCUUUCCCAAACCUACCUAAAAUCCGUUCUGGUUUUGCAUGACAUAUGAGAUUCUCUCUACUCCGCUCUCCUGCUGUUGCUGCCGCCCACGGUCUCAGCAUAAUAGCAACGUCAAGAAGUUACUAACAGUUUCUUUGAAGGUAGAUGACUUGACUUCAGCAUUGUACACUUUGUGAACAAGUAGUCAUCUAUUUUUCCUCGCAGUGGAGGCUAAACAAGAGCCAUGUUGGUCCAGCUUAUCUUCUUCCAGAAGAUGAAUCAAAAUUGUAAUUAGUCUAAACAGACUAGGUGAUAACCUUUUCUUUCAUCUGUUUGUGCUGGUUAGAAUGAGGAAACGUAGAGGUGGUGAUGUACGUAUGCAAGGUUUCUGUUAGGCAUAUCAUUACUUGAAGCAGGUCUCUGUCAUUAACAUCUGGCUGUAAUUUGUUUGGGAAAUGUUUGAGAGAAGGACUUUAA